AUGGUCAACACACGCGCAUGUCUCCUGGCAACCCUCUCCGCCCUCUUCACCUCUGUGGCCGCCCUUCCCUCACCCCAAACAUACGGAUACCCAUCCGGCAUGACUGCAGCUGGUCUUUCGUCCUUCUACCUCGUCACCACCUCUUCGAGCAACGCAACCACCAACUCAUCCGCCCUGCCUAACGUCAAGGCCCUCAGUCUAUUCGACCCCUACUACCAGCCUAGCUACUACCUCCGAAUCAUCGAUCCCGGAUACGGCAGUCUACCUACCUUCAACCUCACCGAUGGCACGCUGCAGACACUAGCGAAUGCGCCACGUGGCCCUGCCGUCCACCUGUACAACUCGACAUCGGUUGUGGAGGAUGAAGAACUACAGUUCCUGCCUGAGGAGCAGCCGGCGGGGAACCUUGCGCUAAAGGGGGGCUAUCUGUUGACUGUGGAUGGUGAGAGCGAGGGGUGGAGCAUCUGUGUUGGUGAUCUGGAGCAGAAAGUGAUUGUGUGGAAGGGAGCCGAUGACAGCUGCGAAGACACGUUCAUACAUGCGGUUUCGACGCCGCCGUAUUAG